GUUCCGACUGGGGCUCGGCGGGGGCGUGGACGGUGGCCGUGGCGGUGGCGAUGGGGGCGGUGGGCGUAGGGUUGGUGGACUGUCACUGCCACCUCUCGGCCCCGGACUUUGACAGCGAUCUGGAUGAUGUGUUGGAGAAAGCCAAGAAAGCCAAUGUUAUGGCUCUUGUGGUGGUUGCUGAACAUUCGGGAGAAUUUGAAAAGAUUAUGCAGCUUUCAGAAAGGUAUAAGGGGUUUGUCCUGCCCUGCUUGGGUGUUCACCCUGUUCAAGGAGUUUCUCCAGGAGACCAAAGAUGUGUCACAUCAAAGGAUUUGGAUGUAGCUUUGCCUAUUAUGGAGAAUUAUAAAGAUCAGUUGUUGGCAAUUGGAGAGGUGGGACUAGAUUUCUCUCCCAGAUUUGCUGGCACCGAUGAGCAGAAGGAAGAGCAACGACAAGUCCUAAUCCGACAGGUCCAGUUAGCCAAAAGAUUAAAUUUGCCUUUAAAUGUUCACUCACGUUCUGCUGGAAGACCCACCAUCAGCCUCUUAAAUGAGCAAGGUGCUGACAAAGUGCUCCUACAUGCAUUUGAUGGUCGGCCAUCUGUAGCGAUGGAAGGAGUUAAAGCUGGGUACUUCUUCUCAAUUCCUCCUUCUAUAAUAAGAAGCGGACAGAAGCAGAAACUUGUGAAACAGUUGCCUUUAACUUCAAUUUGCUUAGAAACAGAUUCACCUGCACUAGGACCAGAAAAACAGGUACGAAAUGAACCCCAGAACAUUUCCAUUUCGGCAGAAUAUAUUGCCCAGGUAAAGGGGAUCCCAGUAGAAGAAGUUAUAGAGGUGACAACACAGAAUGCGUUGAGACUGUUUCCCAGGCUUCAGCACCUGCUCCUGAAGUAGCUUCAAAACCAGAUGCCGCAGGGGAAGCAUUUGAGAGCAAGAAACGUUCUGAUUAAGAGUCUGAACUGAAGAAGCCAUUAUGUAACGAUAUAGAAGAUUAUCACUUUAGAGAAAUAUUUCUAAAAACCGGGCUUGGAUCCUGAAACCCUGGAUUCUGAGUCUGUCUUGUGCUUCCUUAUCAUUAUUGGAGUCCUAGCAGGAGACUGGGAGACACCUCUGCUUCUUACCGUACCCCAUUAAGUAGAACCACCGUA